AGUUUUGUCCGUCAACUAGUCAAAAAUGUCAAUUUGACAUUUUCAACGCACAAAUUUUGUUAUUGUGUAUACACAAAACAACUAUUUUAGGUGUUGAAUUUUCUAGAUCACUUUUAAAAUUUAUUUGUAAUUUCGAUUUAUAUGAUCGCGGAAUUUUCACAGUUUUUCACCGAUGUCGUUAACCAUACAACAAACCAUUCCAUUCAAUACCCAAAAUGCUAUCAAAAAGUAGACGAAACGAACAUCUAGCUAGAGCCGAUUUGACAGCCGAAGCAGCGAACGAAGGCAGAAUUCAAUUCGCUUUUGCGCCUUUACAAUUCCGUUUUAACAACGAAUUCGUAGAUAAAGAAUUGUGAAAGACGUAGGUGCAGUUAUUCAUUUGUUUUGCUAAGCACUUUCUAUAGGGCUGUGAAAUUUAUAAUUCUGCCAAAUUUUACUCAUAUUUUGAUUUCGGCAUAACUCUAGAAUUUCGCGGAACAAGAUUUAAGGCGCGUUUCGCCCAUCAUUUGUGUUGAUAGUAAUCGAAUUUGUUCUUAUGAAAUUCAAGCACAAAUUGGAGCUUGAGUCAACACUAUUGCAACCCUGGAUACCUAUUAACCCAUUAUAUUUUGUAUCAGGUCAGCAAUUAUGAGCAUUUCAUCAAAGGUGCUGUCUAACAUAAAACGUUCAAAUGAUUCGGAAGAGGAUGAAUGCGAUCAGCAUAGCGUUUCAUUACUGAAAGUUUUGAAUUCUGUUCCUGCAAGUACAACAGAAUUUGAUACGCUGGUUGAUGUAAAUCCAAGAUGUGCGGGUUUCAAGGAAGAAUCCGAAAAUUGCAUUGACCCUUUAUUUAAUAAUGUGGAAAUUACUUCACAAAAUUACUACACAUAUACAUAUCAGGAUGCUGACAUACUAAAAUCCGAUGAAAGUGAUGAUGAUAAUGAAAAAAAUGCAACAAGUCCACUUAACAAAAGAAAACGACGCCAAGAUGAGUUAAAAGCCCGUAAUGGGUAUUUAUGGAGUACGGUAAGAACGAAUGGAUCUGACAAUAAUAGUUUUCAAUCUGCACUACAAUUGCUGCAACCUAAAGGUAAAGGGCCCGCACAUACAAUAAACAGUAUACUAGAAAUGUGGAGUUUACUUGUCGAUGAACAAAUCAUCUCUCAAGUUGUGCACUACACCAACAUAGAGAUAAAGCAAAGGAGAAUAAAAUUACCACAUCAACGGUUAAUCGAUGCGGUAGAGCUGCGAGCAUGGAUAGGCCUCAAUUAUCUUUGUGGUAUAUUUCGUAAUGCUACACAUAAUGGACCCUUGGACGAAUUAUGGUCACUGGAGUUAGGAAAUGCUGUAUUUCGCGCCACAAUGCCUCUGAAAAGAUUUAAAUUUAUAUACGAAUGCUUACGCUUUGGAGAAAAUGACGUAAAAGGAAAGAAACAUAAUUCACGGGCAAUGUUGGAUAUAUGGAAUAAGUUUUUAGUAAACUGUCGUUCAUAUUAUGCACCAAGUGGUAAUUGUACCGUUGACGAAGUGUUGAUUAAUUUGACAAAUUCAAGGAAUGAUUCGCAAUUAUUGACGUUAUGCGAUGCAAAGACGCUUUAUAUGUGCAAUGCGAUUCUGCACCCUAAAGGUGGUUAUACGGAACGUGACGUCCUACGACUGGUAUCCGACAUAAAAGGAAGCAAACGGAAUAUAGUACUUACGCCAAAAUUUAUUAGCAUAGAACUAACGAAUAAACUGAUGGAAAUUGACCUGUCUGUAGUGGGCAUCUUGCCAAACAAUGCUUUGGAGUUGCCAGCAGAUCGCGCGUCUAAAGAUACUUGGCGAAGGCUAUACUCAGAUCAGAUCACAUUAAUACCAAGUGAGACUAGUCCAGGGAUAUUUUUGGCCAGUGGCAUUCCUAAAACUAUAAAAGUUGAACGUUUAUACAACUUAAGCUUUAAUGCAUGCAGGACUUACAACAAAGCAUGCUGUAUAUACUCUACGCGACAUACAAUACCACAGAAUGAAAUGCUUUCCCCAGCUAAUUUUUUUCAAAACAUGCUUGACUAUGCCGCAGUAAAUUCAUGGAUACUUUUUGUGCUUUCAUCGAAUGGUGAUAAAAGCAUAAAACAAAGAAACUUCCAACGCCAUCUCGGUCUAUAUCUAACACAACAACAACUUAAACGUCAACUUAAUUCGAAUCGUUUAACAUUGCCGCAAAAAGUACAAAUCUCCGAAAUCUUGGGUGAGCCAACCGAGCAACUAUUCGCCAGCAUCAAAAGCGAAGCACAUGGAGAAACUAACUUUAUCUUUUUACAAACAGACAAAAUGAAAAUACCUGACGGUAUCAAAUUAUUUCCGAAAAACUUGCAAAGUCGUUUGAGUUGUCGAAAGUGUCCCAGUAAAAAUUCGAGAAAAACAAAAACGCGGUGCCAACAGUGCCUACGCCCGCUUUGCCAAAAACAUUUUAUACUGCGUUGUCGCGAUUGCACAGGGGUCCCGGAAACGAAUGCAACUGCAGAGGCAGACAUAUCAGAGACAGUAAUUAGUGAAAGCGAUAAUGAGGAAGAACAGAAUGACAACAACCCUUAAUAUAUAGUAAUUGCAGUAUUAUUUUUAAUAAAUAAGUUUCAACUUAAAGUGGACGCGUAGAAAUGAAUUUUAUAUAAAUAUAGAAGCAUAUGUGUCAAAACAAAAAAACAAGAAACAGAAAUAUUUACAUUACUUAAUAACAAAGGUGUGGUAAAUGCAGUUCAUAUGUCUCAACCCAAUAUUUAAAUUAUAUGGUCUUGAAUAAAAUGUUAAUUUUUUAGUAAAGA